AUGAGAACUGAAUCGUAUUUUGCUGCUAGUGAUCCCAGUUCCUGGAUUCUUCAGAUGGUUGACUUGUAUCUUCUUCCUCUUGCAAUAUUCUUUAUCUUCUGUUCUACUAUUGGAGUUAUUGGGAAUACUAUAAUGAUAUUAUGUUGUGCAAUUACAAAACGACUCCGCUCCCCAUGCCAUUUCUUAAUUUCCCUCACCUGUCUCAUUGAUGCUUUUCAUAUUAGUGGCCAGUACCCCUUCAUCUAUCAAUUCUUUACUGGAUUCACAUCCAGUCAAUCGGAAUGCUAUUUCAUGCUAAUCCUGCCAAUCAUUGGCUACACUGCAGGCGGUCCCUUGAUUCUUGCAAUGGGGAUUGAUCGCUUCAUAGCCGUGACGUUCCCGACAUCUUAUCGUUAUUAUCAACAAUCGUCUGUGAAAUAUCUAGCUCUCCAACUAAUAUUUCCAACUAUCUAUACAUCUUUUUUCCUAGUUUUCGGAUUUUUGGAACGAGAUAUUAAUGAACAAAUCACAUGUGCCAACCCGUUAGCUCUCAAGGGGGCAUCUUUUCAAUGGUAUAACUACACGUGUGCAUUCAUUUAUGUGGCUAUUUUCUUUGUGUAUUUCAGAGUUUAUUUUCUAUUGAAACAUAGUCAGACAAACUCCCGUUUCAAAAGUGUCUUCCGCUCAAUCCUCGUCACUGUCAGUUUUGUUCUCUUGGGAUGGGCAACAACUACAAUUGCAAACUCCUCUUCGUAUUCUGUCACGGAUAACCUUGAUACGGCUCAUUUGAUUCAGACAUAUGCUGGAAUUACAGUCAACUUUGCAGCCGCCUCUAAUGUCUUCGUGUUUUAUUCUAUCAACUCUGAAUAUCGUGAAGCUAUUCAAAAACUCUUCGGAAGAAAAUCCAAGAAACUAGGGGUUGCCCACACGGAGACAUCAACCACUCAAGACCUCGGAGCUCAUAGUUCAAAGAGAUCAAAGUCUCUUUCUGUACUCUCAAUGCCCAAAUUUUUCUCAUCCUCCAAAUUAAUUCCCAAAUCAUCACGAAGAAUGACACUGGUGAUCUAA